AUGGCCAGUGUCGAAGGACUCCGCGUAAUUGUAGCCGGCGCAGCAACAGGCGUCGGCGCCGACCUGAGCCCUCAGAACCUGGGCAAUGACAAGUCGGUGCUCGAUAUGGAUGCCGCCGUGUGGCAGCGCACAUUUUUGGUGAAUACUACGGGGUAUGCUCUUACGACCAAGUAUGCGCUGCCGCAUUUGAAGGCGGCUGGUGGGGGCACGAUUAUCAACAUUUCCAGUAUGGGCGGCCACUACAUGGGCACACCGGAGCCGAUCCGCGUAGCCUACGCAGCCUCAAAGGCCGCCGUGCACGCCCUCACCCGGCACACGGCAGCAACCUACGGCCCGGACAACGUCCGCUGCAACACCGUUGCUCUCGGCCCCAUCCUCACGGCCGCCCUCGAGAGGGGCAUCGCCGCCAGCCCGGCCAUGCAGGAGGGCCUGAAGAGGGUCCCCCUCCGGAGACUGGGUAAGCUGGAGGAGGUUGGCGCGCUGUUGGCGUUUAUGAUUUCGCCUGAUGCGGCGUACAUUACUGGUGAUAUUUGGUCCAUCAACGGUGGAACUCACGUCAUGACGUAUUAG